AAGCAGUCGCUUGAUCAACACAUGAGAGUGCACACGGGCGAAAAGCCUUGGAAAUGCAAGUUCCCGGGAUGCUCGCAUGCCUUCAAGCAGCAGAGCGCACUUACCAUGCACGAGCGUACACAUACUGGGUACAAGCCUUUGACGUGUGAUAUAUGUGGAAAGUCGUUUGGAGAGUCUUCAAAUCUUUCCAAACACCGCCGAACUCACAACGCGAGGGGCGGCCACUCUUGUCCCUUGUGCAACAAGGACUUUAAUCGUCUAGAUCAGUUAAGACGCCAUUUACACAGUAACCACAAAUGCAAGCCGGAAGAGGCCGACUCAAUAGCCAAGUCGGUUAGGCUUCAGUCAGGCAAGGGAGCGAGACAAAGCAUUGGUCGUGUCUGA